ACAAGCAAACUUCUCUGCUUGCUCUGAUCAUCCCCAAACCUAAGAGCCUGUCUCUAACCUGAUCUCGCGCUAGCUUUAAAUUUCUAGUGCACAACACAAUGGCCACUAAUAAGAUUCUGCCAGCUACCGCUCAGUUACCCGUUAAGGCUGAGCUUAAUGUGUUAACCAUGUCCGACGACCAGAUUAUGAAUACAAUCUAUGCAACCCAUGUUCAUGGUGACGAAAAGUUUGAUGUCGACUCUCUUUUUAUUGUCACCGAAAACAUUCUUCAGCGUGCCACCCAUCUUGUUGAAAAUGUUGUGCUGGGUACCAAGGAACACCAGGAAAACCUCGACGAAAAGGCACCCAAAGCGAGCUUCAGUCCCCCCUCUUGCACACUCAAGGCACUUUCCUGCGAGAUGGCAUGCAAGGCUCCGGGCGAGGAAAUUGCCCACAAAACAACCAUGUCAAUACUUAACAAACUCGCCCACUAUUCAUGGGACGCCAAGGCAGUGCUGACAUUGGCGGCCUUUGCUUUGGACUACGGGGAUUUCUGGCUGCUUGCCGAGCUUCACUCAUCGGACCAACUCGCCAAAUCAGUGGGGAUCCUGAAACGAGUACCUGUGGUCGUAAAGCGCCCAGGCCUUCAAAAAUAUGGGAAAGCCAUAAUUGAGCUCAACAAUCUGAUCAAGGCAACAUUGGAAGUAAUCGAGUCAAUCUUUGAGCUGGAGAAGCUAUCAAUCUAUGAUACAAAGGAUGUACCAGCAUUGUCAGGUGCCUUGGACCGAAUCCCUGUGGAUGUCUAUUGGGCUAUCAUCACGAUUGUAGCCUGCACGACUAAGCUGUGUUGCAUCACUGGCGAUGAGGGCAAGACGCAGGAACUCUCGCCCUUUGCUCAGAAGAUCAACGUCAUCCUCAACGUCCUAAGGAGGACUAUAAAACUUGCCCACGAACAAAUAGAUGUUAUCGAGGCUUAUAGGAAACUCAAGAAAAUAUUUCAGACUCCCACCGAAGUUAAGGAGGUUUUCAAGGCGCUCAUUUUCCCCAAAGAUGUUGAGCCCUCGCUUAUUGAUGGUUCAACUAACAAAUUGGUUAACAUCGAAGUGCUGAAAAAGAAGAAUGUUCUAUUCUUCAUUUCGAGCCUGGACAUCACCAUUGAAGAAAUCUCGGUCCUCAAGCCGGUUUAUGAUGGAAUAAGUACGAAGGAUCAGCAUAAAAUUGUAUGGAUCCCAAUUGUGGAGCAAUGGACAGAUGACCUGAAAAAGAAGUUUGAGGUUCUGCGGUCCAAGAUGCCUUGGUAUACAGUGCAAUACUUUUCACCAGUGGUAGGCAUCAAGUUCAUUAAGGAGGAGUGGACCUUCAAGAAUAAGCCUCUCGUCGUGGUGGUAAGUCCAAAAGGAAAGGUGGAACACCCGAAUGCACUCCACAUCAUUAAGGUAUGGGGAGCAAAGGCCUUUCCUUUCACUAAAGAGGCAGAACAAACUUUGGCAACUAAAGAGGAUGUGAUGGAAGACAUCAUGGUCGGCGUCAAUCCCAAAUCACCCGUCGUGAUCAAGGAUGACAAGUACAUUUUCUUCUACGGAGGCAAGGACAAAGAGUGGAUCCAACAAUUUACCAGGAAAGCAACUGUCCUGGCGAAUGACCCGGCGUUGAAGGAGGCAGGGAUUUCUAUCGAGUUGGUUCUUGUAGGAAAGAAUGAGAAAGGGCAGGACGAUGUUGGCAUUCUAGGUCGUUUUUGGGACAAGAUGGAAAGCUUUUUCUUCUCCAAGACUGAAAAGAAAACUGAUCAACCGGAUACUGUGACCAAGGAAAUACAAAAGCUGCUAUCUUACAAGAAUGAGAGUGGAUGGGUAGUGCUGAGCAAAGGGUCUAAAGUGAUAUUUACCGGACAUGGAACAACUAUUUUGAAGGUCGUGGAUGAGGCCGAAAAGUGGAAGGGGUAUGUGCGUGAGAUUGGCUACGAGAUUAUAUUCAAACAGUACCAUGACAAGGUUAUUGAAGUGAAUCGCCCUUGCUCCCGUGUUGACAUUCCUGUUGGUGUCGGAAAGAUCCCCGAGCAUAUGCAUUGCCCUCACUGCCCCCGCGUUAUGGAGAGCUAUAUUAGUUUUAAGUGCUGCCACGUUGACGGUGCUCUGAACGCACUGCACUAAAUAGAUUAAUGCAAGGUUACCUUUCAAUGUUUUCUCUCUAGUGAUCAAGAAUAUUAUAUAUCCGUACAAUAAAGGGACGUCGGAUUACGUAGGUGAUCUGAUGCCAAUAAUAUUACGUAAAGUAUCUAUGUAAUCGAUCGUUAAAUGGUCGUGCAUAUCCUUAAAUAAAGAGCAUCUGACUCUCU